AUGGAUUCUUGCUUAGGAGUCGAACAGGAUUUAGACAAAGCCACAUCAAAAUUUACAGCAUUAAAUGACAAUACAAACAAAAUAUUAGAUGACGUUAUUAAACAAGUCGAAGAACUGAGGAAAGAAAUAUGUAAACAGCCACCAAACACAGUUUUAUCACAGUCUCAAACAAAGCUUGUCAAUGAUUUGGCUUCAUCAGUGAAACAGACAGUAUUCCAAUUGUCUACAGAUCACAGGGAGCUUCAUGCAACAGUGUCAAGAGUGGGCAAGUCUAUUGACAGACAUUUCAUAGCUGAUUAUGCAGCCGUCGCACCAAAAGCAGAGUCAUUCUGUUCAGAUACAAACAGACCGAUUAUGGAACAAGCUAUCGCACAGCAUUUAUAUAGACAGGGUUUAGAGGAUGUUGGUGAUACAUUAGUGUCCGAGGCUCGUGUGGUGAACGCUGAGCGUGGUAGUACCUUCGCGCAGCUCCAGCGAUGCGCUGCAGCUCUGACCGCCGCUGACCCAGCGCCUGCCCUGGCCUGGGUGGCUGCUAGGGAACACGACUUACAACACUCACCGCUGCCGUUUGUACUGCAUAGGAUGCAAGCGCUUAAGUUAGCGCGUGAAGAAGGCGUAUCAGCGGCCAUUUUGUACGCUCGCGCCCAGUUCCCAGCACACGCGGCCCGUCACGAGCGUCAACUGCAGGCGGCCGUGUGUGCGCUAGCUUGGUGUACUCCCGCGGCGCCGCCCCCGCCGCAGCAAUACGCACACCUACUUGACCCGAAAGCACUCGGUGCGGAGGCGGCGGAGGUGUUUAUUCGUGAGGCGUGUUCGUUACUACGUGUUGCGCCUCACUCGCCGCUAGCGGGCGCUGUGUUAGCGGGGGCUCGUGUGUUGCCCGCCUUACAUGACAUACGAGCUAAGAUGUCUCACCCACAUGUGUUAGCGGCCUGGGCUGAUGAUGAACUGCCUCUGGAGGUGGAGUUGGGUGAGGAGGGUGGUUUCGGUGGUUAUCACUCAGUGUUCGCGUGUCCCAUACUAAGACAACAGGCGUCCGACCACAACCCGCCCAUGAGGCUGCUGUGUGGACACGUCAUAUCACGGGACGCGCUCAACAAGCUCGCUAUGGGGAUCAAAUUGAAGUGUCCAUAUUGUCCCAUGGAGCAAUCGCCGUCUGAAGCUAGACAAAUAUACUUUUCUUGA